UACUGAGUGAGCUGUGAGUGGUCACAGCUUGUCACAUGGUACAAGGCUGUUGUGAAUAGCCUUGUACCAUGUGACCUCUGUGAUCAUUCACAGAUUUCACACAUAGUAAGCAAUGAUGUCACAAGUGACAUCUUGCUUACUACUUUGCAUGUGAUCACUGAUUCGCCAAUCAGUGAUCACAUGAUCGGGACCUCGUACAGAGGUCCCGUCCGACGAUUGGUGUUUCACUGUGUCCGGAGGACACAGCGGGCACCGGAUCGCGGUGGUGCGCGCUCCCAGGGAGCGCGCACAGCUAGAAAAGGCGGGUGCCGUCCGCCACCGCCCUGCCGUUUCUGUGCCGCCCUGUAGCAGUACUUCUGCUAUAGGGCGGACGGGAAGUGGUUAA